ACAGAUUUUCACAGGGGAACUGAAUUUCGCACAACACCGGAAGUUAUUCGGUUUGAACGUGCGCAAAAGAAACUGACGGACUGCGUGGAUCGUGUUAAUGUGUAUGCGUGUUAUGGUGCAGAUCGGGCAGUGAGCUGUUUUUCCUUUGCUGAAUCCAUUCGAAGGUCCAGUCUGUGUUGCCUUCCUCAGAAAGCUGCGAUGGAAGAAGCGCACGUUUGCACCACCAUUCCUCAAGACUUAGUGAGGCGUCUCGGUGCUGAGGCUCACAGCAGCUCUAAAGCUACAAAGUUUACUGAAGCAUAUCUGAAGAACUGCAUCCAGCAGCCCACACGCCUGGAUGUGAAAAACAUUGUGACCCACAAAGCUGUGAUCCUGGGCUACAGUCGGCCAAAGAAAGACAAAACCAAGAGAAACAGCAAGAAAGCUAAAGGACUUAGUGCUCGACAGAAGAGGACGAUGAAGGUUUUCCGGAUCAAGCCGGAACACCAGAGGUAUGAGCUUUUUCUGCCUUUACACAAGCUGUGGGGACAGUACAUUAUCGACUUGUGUGGUGGACUUAAACCAACAAGCAAUCCACAGUUUGUGCAGCAGAAGCUUCUGAAGGCAGACUUUCAUGGUGCCAUCAUCACAGUGGUGCGCUCUAAAUGUCCAUCGUACGUGGGAACUACAGGGAUUCUCAUCCAAGAAUUCAAACAUGUUUUCAAAAUCAUCACCAAAGAAGACAAAGUCAAAGUCAUCCCAAAGAAGAACAGCGUGUUUUCUGUGGAGAUCGAGGGCUUUGUUUCACACAUCUACGGAAACAAGUUUGAACUACGAUCCAGCGAACGCUCCGCCAAGAAGUUUAAAGUCAAGGGAACCAUUGACCUCUAAGGACAGCCAGUGCUGCCACACACUGGCAUCUUCUCUGUGUCCCAACUGGACAUUAAAUGAACUUCAAAAAUGCCCAGCGUGCAGCAGAGAGAUUUGUGUAGUGUACAGAAAACUGCUUGUGCAGCACUCUCACACGUUCUCCCAGUGUAAGCUUGCAUUCCUCAGAUCAAUGGGCUGUGAACAGUGAAUGCAGAACAGAGGAAAUCCCUCAGAUGUGCAUUUUAACCAGAGCAGCUGCAUCACAUUAUGUCACAGAGCAGACCCACUGGAUGACAGCUAGCAGGACCUCCUUUAGGCUUACAAGGAGCUUCGUGGGUUUGGUUCCUUAGGACAGAACAGAGGACAUGUCGGAGACACUGGAAGGAAUGUAGGUUUUUUUUGAGAAACUAAAAGCCGCCUUUAACUUGCAAUUCGAGAUGCUCAAUCUUUUUUUUAAACCCUCUGAGCUUUGAGACUUUUCCAGUAAUUUAAGUAACUUGUCUUCCAGGGCUCCUAAGCAGUCUUGAAAUGUGAUCAUUUUUUCUAGUCUGAAUACAUAUGAAAAAUAAAAACUAAGAUGGUAAAAGUUUA